AUAAUAAUGCGUAUACGUAAACAAUGUUUACAUAUAAAAACAGUUUUUGUCCAAAUUGUGAAAAAAAAAAGAAGCCACCAAAAUAACAAAAUCUAGAUUUUUUCAUCAACCCCAUCAAAAUCGAAGUUCAGUUCUUUAUGAAUUUCAGCUAAGAUUCAAAAUGGGGAGUAAAUGGAGAAAAGCAAAGCUUGCAUUGGGUUUAAAUACAUGUCUUUAUAUUCCAAAAACACUUGAAGAUUCACCGGCGACGGCGUCGGCGUCGGCGUCGACGGUGACCGGAGGGAGAUUAUUCGAUGCUGUUUCAUUGUCUCCGACGACCCCAAAUAGAAAUUCCGACUGUCAUGUUGAUAUGCCCACCACACCCACCCCUUCAUCCUCUGGUCUUCGUAUGCCUAAACAUCAUAACUCCAAAUCUUCUAAGAGUACUUGUGCGAUAUGUUUGAUGUCGAUGAAACCAGGCCAAGGUCAUGCAAUCUUUACAGCAGAAUGCUCACAUUCAUUUCAUUUCAACUGUAUCACUUCAAAUGUAAAGCAUGGAAACCAAAUUUGUCCAGUUUGCAGAGCAAAAUGGAAAGAAAUACCCUUUCAGAGUCCUCUUACAGAUAUAUCACAGCCAAGGUCUCGGAACGGACAAGUACAUUGGCCUCAACAUGAUGCCUGGAUGACAGUUGUAAGACAGGUCCCUCCUGCACGAUUGGAUACCAAUCGCAAUAUUUCUAAUCUUUUUCAAACUGUGGAACCAAGUGUGUUUGAUGAUGAUGAAGUUGUUGAUCACCGACCCAUGGGCAGCCAGAAAAACUCGUCAACUGAUGCGACUAAUCAUCAUUCUAUGGGGGCUAUAGAAGUUAAAACAUGGCCGGAGAUCUCUGCAGUUACAAAAUCAGCAUCUCACAGCAAUUUUGCUGUUUUGGUGCAUCUCAAAGCCCCUCACGCUGUUGGCCUUCUAAACCAGAGUGGGAUGCCAGUUACAGGUCAGAAUUCCCGAGCUCCGGUUGAUCUUGUGACUGUUCUUGAUGUUAGUGGCAGCAUGGCUGGUACCAAACUUGCUUUGCUAAAGAGAGCAAUGGGGUUUGUGAUUCAAAAUUUAGGCCCUGCUGACAGGCUUUCUGUCAUUGCCUUCUCUUCUACUGCUCGUCGUCUCUUUCCUCUGCGUAGGAUGAGCGAUACUGGCAAGCAAGAAGCACUACAGGCCGUGAAUUCACUCAGCUCUAAUGGUGGGACAAACAUUGCCGAGGCCCUAAAGAAGAGUGCCAAGAUCAUGACUGAUCGCAAGUGGAAAAAUCCAGUUAGCAGCAUAAUACUGUUGUCUGAUGGACAAGACACGUAUACCAUUAACAGUCCUAGUGUAGCUGCUAUGCAGACAAAUUAUCGGUCAUUACUUCCUGCUUGCAUGCAGCGUAAUGCAGCUUCUUCAGGUCUCCAUAUUCCAGUCCACGCAUUUGGUUUUGGUGCUGACCACGAUGCAGUCUCAAUGCACUCAAUCUCUGAAACUUCAGGUGGAACAUUUUCCUUCAUAGAAGCUGAGAAUGUUAUUCAAGAUGCUUUUGCUCAGUGCAUAGGUGGCCUUUUAAGCGUGGUGGUUCAGGAAUUGCGUGUGGAAGUUGAAUGCGUUCACCCUGUUUUGCGUCUCAAUUCAAUAAAAGCUGGAAGUUACAAUGCUAGUUUAGCAUCUGAUAACAAAAGUGGCAAUAUUGAAGUUGGAGACUUAUAUGCAGAUGAAGAAAGAGAUUUCUUGGUCAUGUUAGAUAUUCCUGCUGAUAGAUCGAGCAACGAUAUGAUGACCCUUGUAAAAGUUAAGUGUACAUAUAAAGACCCGACACAAUCGGACAACUCAGAUUUAGUAACCUUGGAUCAUAUUGAUGAUGUCAAAAUUGAGAGGCCCGACACAAUCGGACAACUUAUUGUGUCAAUGGAAGUUGACAAGCAGCGUAACCGGCUUCAAUCAGCAGAAGCUAUGGCUGAAGCAAGAUCUGCAGCUGAAAAUGGUGAUUUAGCAGCUGCAGUAUCUGUUCUUGAGCGUUGUCGGAAAAAAUUGUCAGAAACAGUGUCUGCUAAAGCUGGAGACAGGCUAUGUCUUGCACUAGAUGCUGAGCUGAAGGAAAUGCAAGAGAGGAUGGCAAAUCGUCGUGUUUAUGAAACAUCUGGUAGAGCUUACGUUCUGUCAGGACUAAGUUCACAUUCAUGGCAGAGAGCAACAGCUCGCGGUGAUUCUACUGAUAGUACAAGCCUCAUUCAGGCUUACCAGACACCAUCCAUGAUGGACAUGGUUAGCCGAUCACAGACAAUGUACCUCGGUAGUCCAGCUCCUCGACCACCUCUAAGGCCACUACGAUCAUUUCCUGCACGACAACAGCCUAGGUGAUCCUCAACACACCUUUUCUUCCUUCAACUUCCAAGAAUUGGUUAUGUCAAGACUGAUCUCCUGUUUCGAUUUUCGGGUUUUGGGAAAUCAUGGGCUAAAGGGGGGGUAUAUUUCUAGUAAAAUGUACAUUAAUAAAGAAGAUUUUGGCAAGAAUUGAGUGUAAAACAAAAGACAAAUAGCUAGUAAAUUGGCUUCAAGAGGAAUUGAGUGACCUAGAGCUGAGGCUCUAUCGGAAACAGUCUCUCUACCUUCCAAGGUAGAGGUAAGGUCUCCGUACACUCUAUCCUCCCCAGACUCCACUUGUGGGAUUAUACUGGGUAUGUUGUUAUUGACUAUUAUGGGUGUAUAAAGGAUUAAUCCUGUGUUCUCUUUUGGUGAGGUUUGGGGCAUAGUCCAUUGUAAUUGUGGGUUUACAAAGGGGGGUGUUUCUUGAAUUUAUAUAUGAAAAAAAAAACUCUUCACUAUUCUAUGUGAAGCUCAAA